ACUCUGCACAGACCACCAGAUCGCCCCGCCCAGCCCGCGCACCGGUGACAACGGCACCGGUGACUUGGCCGUUCGACCAUGGCGCGGCUGGCGCUGAACCUGACCGCGGGCAUCACCGAGUUCUCCAGUCGGAUGUCCCUCAAGAGCAUGUUCUCACAGUUCGGAGAGGUGACGUCCUGUUGGGUGCCACCAGUCGAGGCCCGGCGCAAGGAGACCGCCUGGGUCAAGUUUAGCACCAGCGCCCAAGCCGAGGCAGCGUUGAAUGCGGUGAGUGCCGGGCAGAUCUACCUGGACGGUGUGAAGGUGGAGGCUGAAUGGAGAUCGGCGCCGGCCAAGACACAGGACAGCCGAGACUUUGACGCCAAGGGCAGCAACUUGUUCUCCUCUCGAGACUUGAUGAUGGGCCGGGUGCGGAAAGAGCAGCGUGACGAGGGCCGGUCCACCCGGCAUGGAGGCCGCGAUGACCGGCGGCGGCGGGACCGCAGCCGAAGUCGCGAUCGGGACAGGCGCAACGACAAGAAGAAAGAGAAGAAGAGGAAGUCCCGCAGUAGCAGUAGCAGCAGUAGCAGCACAAGCAGAUGCAAAUACAUGGUUUUUCCCGGUCACGAUCACCAUGCUUUUGGAGCUCCAGGAACUCAAGGUGCUCCAGGAACUUUGUUCCAGGUAGCAAGAGCAAAAAGAAGAAGGAAAAAGGAGUAAAGAUCGUGCGCUUGCCGUCCAAGAAGGGUGACGGUACCAUUGAGAUUGACAGUGACUGAGCACCGGAAAGAUCAAUCUAUAGUCAGUAACGCGGCCGUUUCAUCAGAGAAAAGCCGACGGAUCUGCAA